UGUCCAUCAUCCAACACCACCGCUCGCCUUCUGGAUGAGGCAGAGCGCCCUGGACCAGAUUGUUCGAGAAAAGCGCGCCGCUGUCUGCUAGCCCUAUUGGGCCGCUGGUGCGCACUCACUAUUGCCUUUGCCCGCCCCAAGCAGCGAAUCCCGGGGGUCCCGGCUGUACGGGCGCUGUGCAAGACGUGCGUAUCCCAUCGUAUCCCCCUCCCAGCCUAUCUAUAUACAUCGUCCAAGAGACCCAGCCAGGCCAGCACACACCGCGAGACCGCCAGCGUGACCCAAAAACAUGCUGUUGUUGCGUCUGUCCAUGCCUGCUUGCAUACCCCGAGUCAGACUGAUGCUGCUGCCCGCGGUCCUGCGGAUGAUGCUGGUGAUGCUGAUGAAUGGUCCACCGCGAAGUACCUCGAAGCAUGUGUGCCAUGCUCAAACCUUAUUUCAAAACCCACAUUGCGCUUGACAGGGUCGCCGAUGCCGUGCCCGUCACCAACAGCUCAACGGCACGUUGCUCAUCCGUUCUGUGUACUAAACUGU